UCCCUUCCCUUCCAAAAAAAGCCUACCUUUCUCGGUUUCUCCUCGAAUCCUCCCGAGAUGCGGCGUCUCCCGGCUGCUCCUCCCCGCCCAGCCCUUUCCCCGGCGGCGCCCUCCCUCGGAAUCCGGCAGCGGUACCAUGGCCGAGUGGCGCUGGCGCGGACGGCGCCUCCCGUGGUCUGCUGCUCCUGCUUCCUGCCGAAUCGGACGCCCAAUCAUAACGGGCCCGAGUCAUUCGAGCCCCUCCGAUCCGCCAGAUCGGCCGAUCGGGCCGCCCGGGGCCCCGCAAUGGGGGCGCGAGCGGGCCUGGUAGCCGCGAGCGCCGGCGGGGAGGCGUCGUCGCCGUCGCCGUCCAGGAGCCCGCUGGCGGUGCUCGUGGAGCUGUGGCGCCGGACGGUGCAGCCGCUGGGGGACUACGGGUUCGGCAAGCGAGGGGUGUGGGAGGGCGGCGUGGGGCUCUUCAUGGUCUCCGGCGCCGCGCUGCUGGCGCUCGCGCUCGCCUGGCUCCGGGGGUUCCAGCUCCGGUCCCGGUUCCGCAAGUACAGCGCCGUGUUCGAGUUCAGCCAGGCCUGCGGGAUCUGCGUCGGCACGCCGCUCAGGAUACGCGGGGUCACCGUCGGCAGCGUCGUCCGCGUCGACUCCUCGCUCCGGAGCAUCGAUGCCCAUGUCGAGAUUGAAGAUGAUAAAAUUAUUGUACCUCGUAAUUCAUUGGUUGAGGUAAAUCAGUCUGGUCUCCUAAUGGAGACGAUGAUUGAUGUUACACCGAAAGAUCCACUCCCCACACCUUCACUUGGUCCACUUGACACAGACUGUUCCAAAGAAGGCUUAAUUCUCUGUGACAAAGAGAGGAUGAAAGGACAGGAAGGGGUAAGCUUAGAUGCAAUGGUCGGGAUAUUUACCCGUCUAGGAAGAGACAUGGAGGAAAUUGGUGUUCAUAGAAGCUAUAUGUUGGCAGAGAAGGUUGCAUCUAUAAUGCAAGAAGCACAACCACUCCUUUCGCGGAUUGAAGCCUUAGCUGAAGAAGUUCAACCUUUGCUGUCGGAAGUGCGUGAUAGUGAUCUGGUGAAGGAUGUGGAGACUAUAGCUAAAGGCCUGGCUGAUGCAUCCGGUGAUUUAAGAAGGUUGAAGUCUUCCAUGCUUACCCCUGAAAACGGUGAUCUCAUCAAGCAGUCUAUCUUCACCCUUAUUUUCACCCUGAAGAACAUCGAGAGUAUCAGCUCGGACAUCUCUGGUUUCACAGGCGACGAGGCCACGCGGCAGAACAUCAAACUGCUGAUAAAGUCCCUCAGCAGACUAUUGUGACCUCUCUCCGUCAGUCAAACAGCACAGCACAGUACGCUGAUAAUUGUCCAAACAGGGAAUUAUUCGUCCUGAUGAGAUGAAGCAUCUCUUGGAGCAGAAAGCAGAAAAUAAGAGAAAAAUGGAAGCAGCUAAUGUUUGUCGAGGUUUUUGAGUGCAUUCUUGAGAUGAAAAGCAUCUAUAUUGUUAUUUGAUAUCGAGUCUUGUGUAGUAGGGGUAGACCCAUUUUUGUUUUCUGCAUCAUCUGCAGGCUAGCUGCAGGGUUCUUUGAUGUUUGGUUGUGUUUUUGUAAUUCAAAGUGAUACACGUACAACACUAUUGUUCCUCAUUCUUAUUGUUAGUGUGUUUCUGUAAAUCAUCGACUAAUGCUCAGUCGAUAAUGUCGAUGUCGAUGAUGACAAUCAAGAUUCUCUUUGACCUGUCAAUCAUUGUCAAUUUUUCCUCAA